CGGCACCGCCGCCCAAUGGGGACGCGGUCCGCGCGGGGCGCGGCCAAUGGGGAGGCGCGGCCGGCGGGCGCGGGGGGCGGCGCGGCCCGUGGGGCCGGCGGGGCGGCCAUGGCGGACGCGAUGGCGGCGGGCGGCCCGCGGCGCUGCCGGCGGCUGGAGGGCGAGGCGGCGCGGGCCGUGCUCGCCAACGCCGACACGCUGCUCUUCGACUGCGACGGCGUCCUGUGGCGGGGCGAGGCGGCCGUGAGCGGCGCGGCGGAGACGCUGGGCAAGCUGGCGGCGGCGGGCAAGCGGCUGUGCUACGUGACCAACAACAGCGGGCGGACGCGCGCGGCCUACACCGAGAAGCUGCGGCGCCUCGGCUUCCCGCCCGCCGAGCCCCGGCACAUCUUCAGCUCGGCCUUCUGCGCCGCCCGCUACCUGCGCCAGGCGCUGCCGCCCGGCGCCGCCGCCUACGUGCUGGGCAGCCCCGCGCUCGCCGCCGAGCUGGAGGCCGUGGGCAUCCCGCACCUGGGCCCCGGGCCCGCCGCCCUGCCCGGGCCCGCGCCCGCCGACUGGGUGCAGGCGCCCCUCGACCCCGCCGUGCGCGCCGUGCUCGUGGGCUUCGACGAGCACUUCAGCUACGCCAAGCUGUGCCAGGCGCUGCGGUACCUCCUGCGCGGCGGCCCCGACUGCCUGCUCGUCGGCACCAACCGCGACCACCGCCUGCCGCUCGAGGGCGGCGCCGGCAUCCCCGGGACGGGGUGCCUGGUGAAGGCCGUGGAGACGGCGGCGCAGCGCGAGGCCUUCAUCGUGGGCAAGCCCAACCGCUUCAUGUUCGACUGCGUGGCCGCCGAGUUCCCGGUGGACCCCGCACGCACCGUCAUGGUGGGGGACCGGCUGGACACGGACAUCCUGAUGGGCAACGCCUGCGGCCUCACCACGCUGCUGACGCUCACCGGGGUGACGGCGCUGGACGAGGUGCGCGGCCACCAGGACAGCGGCUGCCCCGCCAGGCACGGCCUGGUGCCCGAUUUCUACGUGGACAGCAUCGCCGACCUGCUCCCGGUGCUGGGCCAGUAACGGGCGGCACCGCACGCACUGGAGACUCCCCGGAGUUAGAACCCUUAGCUUGUCUCCUCUCUGUCCUCUCGGUAUGAUCCUGUUUACAUCUCGGCCUGAAAUGCACUUUGGAGCAAAGGGGGCGUUACGGCGGGGCUGGGGCUUGGGGCUGGGUUUAAUUAAUUGUGAAUGCAUCGAUCCGGUGUUUGUGGUGCUCCACGGCACGGGGUCCUCUGGGCUGAGCUGGGGACGUGGAGCUGCUUGGUCUGAGGAGAAGGACCAUGUCCUGGCCAGGCUGGGCCGUGGCUCAGCACAGUUUGUUCAGGGAAAGGACUCUUGGGAUGUGCAGUAACUCUGGAAGCACUUGUGGAGCUGGUGAUUGCCCCUGGGGCCCUGUUCAGGGGCACAGCCCCAAGUCAGGUCACACAAAUUCAUCUCCUUCAUUUGACCACUGCACGUUGCACUUGUGAUGCAGGUUGGGAUGAUCCCAACAAUUGCACACCUUGGCUACUGCACACAGUGUGUGUCCAAGGUCGAGUGUGUGUAAAGUGCAUGUACACACAGGCACUCCCUGAGCAUAAAGAUAGAGCAGAAUAUAUUUAAAUUAUAAAUAGAGUCUAUGAUAAUAUAUCUUGUUUCCCCGGAGGGAGGAUGAGAGGAAUGUACUUCACUGAUUUAAUUCUCCUGAACCGUUGCAUUUGGUAAUGCAGAGAGUCUGUGGCCAUGCAGAACUGUCCUCCACUCCUGCUGCUUCCAGAGAUCCUGGAUCGAUGCGUACUGAGCUCCUGCACUUCCCCCAGCACCAGCGAGCCACUUCCCUUGGCUUUAGCUGCACAGUCCCCCUUCCUGCUCAGUCCCUGGAUGGAUGUGGUGCCCAGGACAGCUGUCCACAGGAGCCCUGUGGGUGCUGAGCCCUGUGGGUGCUGAGCCCUGUGGGUGCUGGCUGUGUGUGGCAGUAGCUCGUGCUUCCUUCCCAUCCCUGAGGUUCAGAUCUUCCGCGUGUGCCGCGCACGGUGGGUGGUGAGGAGGAGUGCUGGCUUGCUCAGGGGUGGUUCCAUUUGAUCUCCAGGUGGGAUUGGGCAAUGAGGGGCUCACCACAGGGUGGGUUUUGUGCUGCCCAAAUCCCACAGUGAAAGCUUCUGCGUUACAGAAUUAAUUGAAAAUUAUAUAUGCAAAUAACACGCUUUUAUUCCAUAGAUUCCAGUAUCUACAGUUCAAUUUAAGCACUGGUUUUCCUUCCUGUCCAGCUGAGGAGCUCGGGCAGUGCUGAUGCCAUGUCCUACCUGGUAACUUGUCACCUUGUUUGUACAGCAAUAACCCUGCAGUCCAGAGUCCAGUGCUCGGUGUUCCUGAAGCAUUGGCUGAACCAUGUUCAUCUUCAUAAUUUGGUGUUGUGGAAGGAAGUAUGGAUAAUCUCUUCCCUGCUGCUCUCUCCAGAUGAAGGACUGCAAAGUCCCAGAGCAGGACUUGCCCUUGAUCUGGGUAACGUGGAGAUGGACAUUAUGGACUCACUGCAGGUCGUGUCUGAUGUAACAGUGUGGGUUUGGAGUCAGUCUCUGUAUCUGGUGUUUUUUGUGUCAGGAUAUGUCAGGAAAAGGCCAGGAGAGUCCAGCAUCCCUCAGGCAGCUCUGUCCCUGCUGAGGGCUCUUGCUGGCAAGGGAGCCAUUGCCUGGGCUCAGGGAUGCUGGAAUGUGCUGGUGGUGGUGUCAGUCAUGCUUCAAAACUCUGUUCUGACUUCCAAAUGGUUCUUAAUCCUCUACUUGAAUUCCCAUUAAACUCUCAAACCUGCUCUCCCCA